UAAUCCUAAUGUCCGAGGCCGCAGGAAAUCUAAACAGCCUGCGCAUGGCGAACGUGGCCCUGCGAGAAGAAUUAAAUGCCCUUCGCGGGGAGAAUGCCAACUUAGGCCUUCAGCUCGGAAGAGCCCUAGCCGAGGUUAAUUCCUUGCGGGGCAACGUCUCGAGCUACAUCCGCUGGCCAGUGCCGGUGGUGCCCGUCCUUGCCGAGGAGAACUUUGAGUUCCCGCUCAGCGAGAUCGACGCAGUUCCCGAGGGAGAGCUGCCUUUCUUGUGCUGGCCUCCCCCUCGCGCGGAGCCCGAGUAUGCCUCGGACGAACUGCUGAUUAGCGUGAUCCAGGAUUGCGGUACCUCCGACGCGCCCGUCGACCCUCCCCCGCUGCCCAUCCCGCCCCCGCCGGCGCUGCCCCCGCCCCCAUCGAAGGAGCAGCCGGCACAGCCUCCUCUGCCGCCGCUGGAGCGGCCUGAGUUAGAGCCCUUCUCGGGCGACCCGGUCUAUCUGGCCGAAUUCCUGAUGCGGCUAGAGACCUUCAUAGCUGACCAUGAGGAUCAUUUCCCCGGGGGCGCCGAGCGGGUGGCCUUUCUGAUCUCCUUUUUCACUGGUGAAGCCAAGGACUGGGCCAUCUCAGUCACCCGGGAAGGAAGCCCCCUGCGUGCCAACUUCCCACGCUUCCUGGAUGAGAUCCGUAAGGAAUUCUGCGGGCCCAUCCCCCCAAGUGUGGCUAAAAAGGCCAUCCGCAAGCUCAAGCAGGGGGAUUGUACUCUAGGCAGCUAUGCGGAUGCUUUUCAGUUCCUGGCCCAAUUCUUGUCUUGGGAUGACUGCCGCCUUCAAAACCAAUUCCUUAAAGGCCUGUCAGAAUUCUUCCGCAAGGAGCUCUUAUGGUCAACCGAAAUGGCCGACCUGGAUGAGCUGAUUCUCGAAUGUGUGGAGAUAGAAAGAAAAGUGCGUGUCCCCAAGCCAAUCCCUCUCCCUGGGGUUCGCAACAUCUUCUUCCCUUUUGCUAAGGACCCUAAUAUCGACGACAGUGAUGAAGAAGAGUACUACAGUGACGAAGAUGAAGAGGCACGCAGGCGCAAGCUUUACGACAGGGAACAGCGAAGGCACGUGAGAGGUAUUCAGCAGGAGGCGAAGGAGGAGGAGGAGAAGAGGAAGAAGGAGGAAGAGAUGAGGAAGAAGCAGCUGGAGGAGAUAAAGCAGAAACAGGAAGUGGAGGAAGAGGACGAUGAGGACGAGGAGGUGGAUGUGGGUGUGGAGGUGAACAUAUUCAAGAGGAGCGAGGAUGAAGAUGAGAAUAAGGGUGGGGAGGCAGGUGCAGAUGGGGGCCAGGAGCCAGAGCAGGAGACAGAGCAAGAGCCAGAACAGGAGCAAGAGUCAGAGGAUGAGACCCAAGAUGAUGACCUCGACGAGCUGAUGGAGAUGGAGCCGACCGUUGCCCACGCUUCAUCCCAGACUACUGGCUACUAUCAUGAAAAUUUCCUGGAUGCAUCGCCUCCCAUCAUACAGCCUAGCAGACGGAGGAACCAGAACCGAGUCCCGCUUCUGGAGGGCCUUCCGGGUACUAAUUCACCGUUCUACAGUUCGCCGCCACUGAUUCGCCGCGCAGGUCGCUUGGGGCAACGCCAGAUUCGAAGACGUCCCCCGGUGCUAUUCCGCCUCACUCCGAGACAGGGGGGCCACCGGGCGGCACGUGGCCGAAUUCGCGUGUGAGUGCUGGGGCGAGCUGGCCAAGCAGAACACACCCUUCUACUGCGUCCCCUGCCCCUGCUAUCGCUGCCACACCUGCCUCUUUUGCUGACCAGUACUUGAGGGAGUUCCAGACCUGCAGAGCCCGAAGAAGACUUCUAGAACACCGAAUCAUCUUGCAGCCCUGACCAGCGAGUGCUGCACAUCCAACCAAGGCCACCUGGGAAAGAAGGGAUCAGCGAUAGCUGUCCUCUUGGUGUGCACUCUGCUCAGGCUUGCCACAAGUUAGAGAGAAGGUUUCUGGGCCUGUUCCCAUAAAAGAACUAACUGGUCACCCUCUUGUAUUUCCCCUCUAGUUGUUCCUAACCCUCACCUCUCCUGCGUUUAUUCACCCUGCAUUCUAUGGUUUUAUCCUCUGACUGGAUCACCAGGACGUCACCCAAUGCCUCACUGAUCUGCCCCCACACCAGUGAGCAAAAGGACAGGCUACACUGAACUCCUAAAGCCACCGAGGCCACUUACUAGAUAUAAUCAACGGAGAGCAGGAUGGUAUCAAGAGAUGUACCUAGAAACCGACACUUGCUUCAAGCCACACCUCCAGCAGAAGGGCCACGAAGAGAACUCUACAUCUAGCCCAGUGUGCGCACACAAAGCCACACAUCAGAUGGACAACUUGGCUGAGAUUUGUUCUUGACUGACUGAGCAAGCUUGUUCCUCCU